GCGCUCCAGUGACUGGAGUGUGGCGGCCCGGCCUCCGCUGGCUACCCCUGGCCGGAGCUGCAGCGGGCUUCGGCAGCUGCCCGGGGACGCUUAUCCCGGGCUGGAGUCCCGACUUGCUUCCCCGAUACAGAUCGAUCCCGUUGCCUUCCCCGGGACGCCACCGAUCUUCUCCAGGAUCCUUUUCCUCCGUAACCUGCUGUUUUUCUUUUUCCUUCCUCCCGGCUCCCAUCUCCCGAAUCCGCAUUUCCCUCCCCUGCUCCUGGGCCCCCGUAGCCGACCAUCCUCAUCAUUCCACCUGCCAUCCUCCUGACUUCCGCCCUUCCUUGGCCUCAAAUCCUUGACCGACAGAGCCCUGCCAUAACCUUCUCACCAGGCUCUCCUAAACUCCUUUUUCUUCUCUCUUUGCCAGCUCCUGACUCCCAAAUUCCAGCUAACCCUUGACCUCUUGACAUUUGACCCUAACAGUCUCCGCUCCAGACCUCUCAAUUCCUAUCUCCUGCAGCCCGGACUGCUAAGACUGAGGCCCUCCCCCUGAUUUCUGACCUCCCCGUUGCUGAAGCUCAGUUUUACUUUUUUACUCCCGGGCCACUUCCUGUUACUGCUACCCCACCAUGGACUUCUUGAUGAGCGGCCUGGCAGCCUGCGGGGCCUGUCUGUUCACCAACCCCCUGGAAGUGGUAAAGACCAGGAUGCAGCUGCAGGGAGAAUUGCAGGCCCCGGGCACCUACCAGCGGCACUACCGAAACGUCUUCCACGCCUUCAUCACCAUCGGCAGGGUGGACGGCCUGGCUGCCUUGCAGAAGGGACUGGCCCCCGCCCUCUUAUACCAGUUCCUGAUGAAUGGCAUCCGCUUGGGCACCUACGGGCUGGCUGAGGCUGGGGGCUACCUGCACACUGCCGAAGGCACCCUCAGCCCUCCACGAAGCGCAGCAGCUGGGGCCCUGGCCGGGGUCAUGGGAGCCUACUUGGGGAGCCCCAUCUACAUGGUGAAGACACACCUACAGGCACAAGCAGCCUCGGAAAUUGCGGUAGGGCACCAGUAUAAGCAUCAGGGCAUGUUUCAGGCGCUAAGCGAGAUUGGCCAGAAACAUGGUCUGGUGGGGUUGUGGCGUGGGGCCCUGGGCGGCCUGCCCCGAGUUAUCAUCGGUUCCUCCACCCAGCUGUGCACCUUCUCAUCCACCAAGGACCUCAUCACCCAGUGGGAGAUACUUCCUCCCCAGAGCUGGAAAGUGGCUCUGGCAGCUGCCAUGGUGAGUGGCAUUGCGGUGGUCCUGGCCAUGACGCCGUUUGAUGUGGUCAGCACGAGGCUCUACAACCAGCCCACGGACUCUCAGGGCAAGGGCCUCAUGUACCGGGGGAUGCUGGAUGCUCUGCGGCAGACCGCUCGGACAGAGGGCAUUUUUGGCAUGUACAAGGGUAUAGGUGCCUCCUACUUCCGCCUUGGCCCCCACACCAUCCUUUCCCUCUUCUUCUGGGACCAGUUACGCACCCUCUACCACACGUACACCAAAUAACAGCCAGUCCUUCCCACACCACCACAUCAGCACUCCUUAGACACUUCUGCCUCCACUCUUGUGUUCUCGUGACUUCUGACCAGCGGAUCUUUUCGUCCAUCCAAAGGGAACCGCCUACGCCACUCCCUAACUGUCUUCUCAGGGUCGAAUCACUACAAGGGAUAGUUUCCCUCCCUUUCUUGGGUGUCACUUUCUUUAAACCUUCCCUACCCGUCCCCCUGGACACUUCAUACCCCUCUCUCAGGGCUGAACCGGUCACUCCAAAGUAUUUCCUCCUUUUAUUUGGGCAGCCUUGGGUCCCUUCUGCUCUGAUGCACAAACUUUACACUCCCCACUCCAAGACCAAAGGGAACCCGGCGGGGGGUGGGGGUGGGGGUUCAGGUGUCUUGUUAGAUGCAAUGGCACAGAGAUUAUCUUGGGUAUAAAGCAAGUUUAUUUCUGCA